AGCAAAUAGCGCCUCUCAGUUCGCUGUCAGUUGUUUACGUCGCCUGUCGUUCGGCGUAUUAACAAUAAAAAUAUUAACUUUCCCAUAUUACACAAACCAUGUUUUCCAUCGAUGCUCCUGUUGAACUUCGUGAUUCGGAAUACUGCAACUACCGAUCGCCGCUAAGCACACGAUAUGCGUCGAAGGAAAUGCAAUACAAUUUCAGUGACCAGAAGAAGUUUUCCACCUGGAGGAAGCUCUGGAUCUACCUCGCCAAAGCUGAAAAGGAACUCGGCCUAGAAAUCAGUGAAGAACAAAUCGCCCAGCUCGAAGGAGCUAUCCACGACAUCAACUUCAAGUCAGCUGCUGAACAUGAGAAGCUGGUCAGACAUGACGUCAUGGCACAUGUCCAUACCCUGGCAGAGCGUUGUCCUCUGGCCGCUCCCAUCAUCCAUCUUGGAGCCACAUCCUGCUAUGUCGGGGAUAACACUGACCUGAUUGUUAUGAAGCAUGGAUUGGAACUGCUCUUGCCUAGAGUUGCUGCUGUUAUUAGCAGACUCUCCAAGUUUGCUGAUGAGUAUAAGUCGAUCCCAAUCCUCGGUUUCACGCAUCUGCAGCCGGCUCAGCUGACGACAGUCGGCAAGCGAGCCUCGCUCUGGCUCUACGACUUGUUGAUGGAUGAACGUGCCCUCUCUCGCGCCAAGGACGACCUCCGCUUCCGAGGAGUCAAAGGCACCACCGGCACCCAAGCAUCCUUUCUCCAGCUCUUCAAGGGAGACAGCGCUAAGGUCAGAGCUCUCGAUAAGAGAGUAGCAGAACUCGCAGGCUUCGACACAUGUUAUCCGGUUACCGGACAAACUUACUCAAGGAAAGUAGAUAUCGAAGUGAUAUCAGCGUUGUCAAGUUUAGGAGCAACUGUGCACAAGAUGUGCUCGGAUAUUCGUAUCCUCGCUUCGCGUAAGGAGUUAGAAGAACCAUUCGAGACAUCGCAAAUCGGAUCCAGUGCUAUGCCUUACAAGAGGAAUCCUAUGCGAUCUGAGCGCUGCUGUGCACUAGCGCGUCAUUUGAUAACGCUGCAUUCCAACGCUGCCAACACGCACGCGGUGCAAUGGAUGGAGCGCACUUUAGACGACUCUGCCAACAGACGUCUCACUCUAGCUGAAGCUUUCUUGACAGCUGAUGCCACGUUACUCACUCUCCUUAACAUUUGCCAAGGAUUGGUUGUCUACCCUAAAGUUGUCGCCCGCAACAUUGCGCAAGAGUUGCCUUUUAUGGCUACUGAGAAUAUUAUUAUGGAGAUGGUGAAAGCAGGAGGUGAUCGCCAAGUGUGCCAUGAGAAGAUCCGUGUGCUAUCUCACGAGGCCGGCGCUCAGGUGAAGCAGCAUGGCAAAGACAACGAUCUGAUUGAUCGCGUAAAGGCCGAGCCCUACUUCGCGCCAAUCAUCGGUAAAUUGGACCAAAUCUUGGACGCGUCCACUUUCAUCGGCAGAGCGCCUGAGCAAGUCACCGAGUUUAUUCAGGAAGAAGUAAACCCCGUACUUUCAAAGUACGCUGGUACUCUAUCUGAAGUAGAGAAGCCCGUCGCUUUGAAUAUUUAAUCUGCUUAUAAGUAUCCACCUCUUAAUGAAAACUAAGCUUAUUUGUACUAAUGUAGAUUAAGAGUAAAAAAAACACGUGUUUAAUUGAAUGAAAUAUAUUUACAUUUACAGCG